CAUAUGUUGUCGUUGGCGUAUGCAGCCUCAGUGUUUCUUUAUGGGAGGAGCGGUGCGACUUCCCCACUUCUGCCCCCACUAUGUACUUUUUUACAUCCCUGCUUACGUUUGGCUGGCAUAGCCUAAUUUCCGCAUUCCCAAAUCCUCCCAGAUUGGGAUCACGUUUUAAAUCGGUCUGAUGCAACGAUUUCCACUUUUUAAAAUCUACUCUCGACCCUCGGCUGACCAGAAGAAAGGACAUUUGUUGCACCUGGGAUCAAAGUCAGCUGUGGUCACGGCCGAGUCUGACGCGAUGCCAGGACAAAUCCCAGAUCCCUCUGUGACAGCAGGCUCACUGCCCAGCCUGGGCCCACUGGCUGGGAUCUCAGCCACCACACUGACUGACAAGCUCAAAUUUGGGGACUUCCAGGAGUUCGGUACAAUGCUGUCACCUCUGCACUUCCUGGACAGUCUGGGGAAAAGGCCCCUAGUGAUCAAAGCAGAGAGAGAUGAAGAGGACGACAGGAGGAAACGAAGGCGAGAGAAAAACAAAGUGGCUGCAGCUCGAUGUCGAAACAAAAAGAAAGAGAGAACAGAUUAUCUACAAAAGGAAUCAGAUAGACUAGAGAUGUUAAACUCUGACCUUAAGGCCCAGAUUGAAGAGCUGAAGCUGGAACGACAGCAACUGAUCCUCAUGCUCAACCGACAUCGCCCCACCUGUAUUGUCAGGACGGACAGCAUCAAAACCCCGGAGAGCGAGGCCAACCCCCUGCUGCAGCACCUGGAGGCCAAGUGAAGGUGUGACCACUUUCUACAGUUUACAGUUGAGAAGAAACAACCAACUAGCAGCACUUAGCAUUGGGCCUCAGCCACAGAUGAGAUCCAGCCGAGUCCUCCAACCUUAUCUCACAGACGCCAUAAACUGUGGAUGUGAUUACAUCGGACACUGUUUUGGCGGUUAAAUCAAACUUCUUCUUGUUUUUCUUUCUUUCCCAUUUGUUUGUAGUUGUGGUCAUCAGACUCCAGCCAUUAUCAGUAUGAAGUUAAACAAAAAAACUCAACACAUCUUUUGGCACAUUACUUUACAUAAAGUUUGUUGUUUUAUAUUGGACUUGUACUAUGUUCCUCCUUAGCUUUAGCCAUCGCUUCAUUUCCAGCAGCUAAAAUUUGAUUUUUUCUGCUAUCAAAACCAUCAGUUUAAUAUCAGUUCAGUCAUUUGAGUCAUUCAUUUUGUGAUUUACAAGUGAACUUUUAUUUGCUGAUUACUUCUGGUCUUAUUAGACACAUUUAGUUGGAUUUGCUUACGCAAUAAAAAAAGUCAAUUCUUUUUUUUUCUUAUGCAAGUAGCCUACGUGUUACUUGCAAACAGUCCGAAGCCUUUUUACUAUAAUGACCUUCAUUAGUCAUGAUCAUUUUUGUUAUUCAUACAUUUGGUGGCAGACCGGUUGGUCCUCUUUCUUAUUCCUAUGUUUUGGCGCAGGCGUCAUGUAUGCACAUGCAUAUUCAUUGUACUUUAUUUUCUGUUACCAUAUUGUUACUACCAAUGUUUUUUUUAUACUUUUGAAUAUUAUGUUAUAUAAGAAUAUAAGCUAUCACAAAAUCUCAUUUGUAUUUCUUUAAGAAAUAAAUGUUUAGUUUGUUUUCUUACUGGAAUUUAGCAUC